AUUGUCAUGUCACCGGAGAGAGGGGACCCUCUAACUGUCGGCACGUAACAGGCGAGUUUGGAUCCAAGAGAAGGCUGUUAAAGUAGAAUGGAGGAACAUAAUUUUUCUGAGGAGAGUUUCGAAAGAAUUCGGAAUAACCUUAUCGCUCAAGUGUGCCAGAACAAGGAAAUAGCAUCCGAAAUAGAACUCCAUGUGGCCCAGAUUGGUGUGAGAAAACGGUACUCGUCUGCGAAAAACGACGCGGAGGGUGUCGGACCGGGUUCGAACCCCGAGGCCAACCCUCACACCAAGACCGAGUUGCUGGAGCGGUUAGUCCGGGAGGUGAAAGACUCUUUGGACCAAAUAUUAUUGGCUGUUACCAAAGCUGAGAAUGUGACAGGUUCCAGAGACUCGGCAAUAUCCUCCAAUAGUUAUCGAUCCAGCGCCAGUGGAGGCGCACUGCACUUAGCGGAAGUGCUGCCUGAACAAGACCACGAGCCCCACGAUCCGCCGUCAAAUCUGGUCCAAGACAAGGAGCUGUUGGAGAGAGUGGAUGCGGCAGUUCAGAGAAACAGGAGGGCGCUACGAGAAACACAGCACCAGAGACUGCAUGUACCGGCCGAACAUGAUGAUGAAGAACAGACCGAGGUAAAAGAGAAUCUGGACUGCGAUCGGCCAUGAUAUGACAGUACUGUUUUCAACUUGAUGAGUGCUUAUCGUACAUCACUUGUGCCCCAAUCACAGUAUCAGUUAAACAUGACCUUGUACAUACUUAUUUCCAUGUGGUCACUUUCAACACUGUGCUCGUUGAAAAUAACGUCAUACUGUAUUCACGUUUGAAAUUCAACUUGAUAAGGGGUGGUGGGGUAGCCCAGAGGUUAAAGCUUACGCUAGUCCUGGGUUCGAUUCACCAAAUGGGCACAAUGUGGGAAGCCCACUUCUGAUAACCCCCGCCAUAAUAUUGCUGGAAUAUUGCUAAAGCGGCGUAAAACAAAACUCACUCACACAACUUCAGAAAGUCAUGAAGGUAGGGAAAAUGCUUCAAGAUGUUUAUAAAGAGUUACUUUAGGUCCUCAGCCUCUCAAUACGAUUUGCAUUAUUGCAAAGAUAAUACUCUUAAGUUUAGACAAUAACCUUCCAAUCAUGACUCUGCGUCAUAUCGUUAAGCCGCAAGUGUUCAUAAGAUGCUUUCACGCCAAGGACCCGGGUUCGAAUCCCCACAAGGGUACAAUGUGUAAAAGCCCAUUUCUGGUGUUCCCCGCCGUGAUGUUGCUGGAAUAUUGCUAAAAGCGGCGUAAAACCAAAACUCAGUCAGUCAGUCAUAAGAUGCCUAACACUUGUCAACCUUAUGAUUGUUUUUGUAGUGACGUCACCGUGCUCUUUAAGGUUAUGUCAUUUUGUUGUAAAAUCUGUUUGUAAGAACGCUUUUAGUGGCUCAUUCUACACAGAAACAUCAUCAUUGACCAUGUAUUAAAGCCCCAACAUCUGUGUUUAUAUACAUUUAUCAUUCCUGUAAAUAUCCCAUUCUUUGAAAAGAGAAAUAUGAUUGAAGUUAUCAUGAGAUUGUAUAUAUCUUAUAUUGUAUAUAGUGCCUCACAGCACUCUUGGUCAAAACUUGACCGAUCUCGGUUAAAACAUGUGUGGCCUUUUGUACAGUUUUCAAACGGUUUGAUGGUAGACCUAUGAAGACAUUUGUAAAUUUGACAUGAAAGCAUGAAACUUGACUUGACUUUGCAUGUGUUUGUGAUGGGUGUCAUCAUGAUAUUCUCACCUUAUCGUGACUGAUCACCUGACUCAUCACUCCUCGAUACUUAGUCAUAGCAUAUGCUUUUCAUGCAGUCGAAAUCGUAUAUAUAACUGACUCGGCUUCUUCUCAAAUAUAUCCUUGUGUUAUGAAAAUCAUACCAUGCACUCUGUUUUCCGUAUAGAUUCCAUAGGAUUAAGGAAAUGAUUUUGUGUCUCUUAUUUCAAUUUGCAAGCCAGGUGAAACUAUCCUCCUAGGCCAGUUACUCCCCUUGCUGUGACAAACUCGAUCUGUCGUAAACAGCUAUGGGGGUACUAUACCAACAGAUUCUUGUAGCAAUA